AUGGCCAUCGAGGUGGGGCCCUACGUGCUCCUUUUCUCCCGCAACCGCUAUCUGAGGGGGCCAGGGCCAUUUUUUGAUGUCUUCAAAAAGUCGUUAGUGACAGUUUUUAACGGCUACAAAUCAGAAAUGUGGUCCUACCGGAAUUGGCAACCUACGUAUGAAGCUCAAAACUUAAAAUUGAAAUAUUUGUCUGCUUUACUAACUUAUCCCCGCCGCCAACCUCUCAAAAUCUUCUGCGGCAAGAGGUCCGGCAGGCAGAGGUACCCGUCGGAGAGGAAGGUGCUCAAAUUGAAGCACAAGGAUAUCAUCGGCAACGUCAAGAACAAAUACCAAGGCGUCUGGCGGCUCUCCAAGCUCGGCGUUCCCGUCGACCAAGACCCCGGCAAGGACUUCCUUGGCGUCUCCCAAAGCUUGCUUGAGGAAAUUGCCAAAGUGCUCGAGUUUCCGGUCGCUUCAAUGCUGCCGUCGGAGGCGUUCACGGUGGUUCGGAAAUCUUUUGAUGCAAGGAAGGUGCUGAAAGAACCGAAAUUCGUGUACAUUGUGGAGAUGGAUGUUGAUAAGCUAUUGAGUUUGGAGCCUCGUGCUUGGGACUUCAUUUCGGAGUUGGAGCCUAAGGUUGGGCUGGUAGAGCACAUGCCUCAAGCCAGGAAAUCUAGAGAUUUGACGAGUAUUAUACAUGACUUGAAAGAAGUAGAUCAGAGUUCAGUUUCGGGAGGAAGUGGGAAUACAAUGUUGAAUGGGUCUCAAGGAUUGUACAGAUUUUCAACAGCUAGGAAACCCAAAAUUGCAGUAGUGGGUAGUGGACCAGCUGGGCUGUUUGCUGCCCUUGUUCUUGCGGAAUUUGGUGCAGAUGUCACCUUAAUAGAAAGAGGUCAGCCUGUUGAACAGCGGGGGCGUGACAUUGGUGCUUUGGCUGUCCGCCGGAUCUUGCAAACAGAAAGCAAUUUCUGCUUCGGAGAGGGUGGUGCAGGUACCUGGAGUGAUGGAAAGCUGGUGACUAGGAUUGGAAGAAACAGUGGGAGUGUUUUGGCGGUUAUGGAAACUCUAGUUCAAUUUGGAGCUCCAGAAGGAAUUUUGGUUAAUGGAAAGCCUCAUUUGGGAACAGAUAAGUUGGUUCCACUACUUCGCAAUUUCCGGCAACAUCUACUAAAGCUUGGUGUCACCAUCAAGUUUGGGACAAGGGUCGAUGAUCUUCUUGUAGAUAAUGAACAAGUUGUAGGUGUCAAAGUUUCUGAUUCAGUUGACAGGUUACAGUCUAGCAGCAAGAAAUGGGAAUACGAUGCUGUUGUUCUGGCUGUUGGACAUUCUGCGCGUGAUCUUUAUCAAACACUUCUGUCUCAUAACAUUGAGUUGAUCCCAAAAGACUUUGCUGUUGGCUUGCGGAUUGAGCAUCCUCAAGAAGUUGUAAACAGCUUACAGUAUUCUGGAUUGGCAACUGAGGUUUGCAGAGGACGCGGUAAAGUACCAGUGGCAGAUUACAAGGUUGCAAAGUAUGUAAGUGGAGAGAAGGGGGCUGAACCUUUGCAUGCAACAAGUCGAAGCUGCUAUUCCUUCUGUAUGUGUCCUGGUGGUCAGGUUGUUCUGACAAGCACAAAUCCAUCUGAAAUCUGUGUCAAUGGCAUGUCAUUUUCUCGACGUGACUCAAAGUGGGCAAAUGCUGCACUCGUUGUGACUGUCUCAACGAAAGAUUUUGGUGCAUUGAAUCUCCAUGGACCUCUAGCAGGGGUUGAAUUUCAGAGAGAAUUUGAGCAAAGAGCAGCAAGAAUGGGAGGUGGAAAUUUCGUGGUGCCUGUGCAGACAGUUACAGAUUUUAUGGACAAUAAAUUAUCGGCAACGUCUGUGCCACAGUCAAGUUAUCGAUUAGGAGUGAAGGCAGCAAACCUUCACAAGAUCUUUCCUGAUUAUGUAACAGAGACUUUGCAACAGUCAAUCUCAGCAUUUGACAAAGAGUUACCAGGCUUUAUCUCCAAAGAGGCCCUUCUUCACGGAGUGGAGACUAGGACCAGUUCUCCUAUCCAGAUUCCCCGCAGUGUUGAAACUUACGAGAGCACAACUUUGAAAGGUCUCUACCCUGUUGGUGAAGGAGCAGGUUAUGCUGGAGGGAUUGUAAGUGCAGCCGUGGAUGGUAUGCAUGCUGGUUUUGCAGUGGCAAAGAAUUUUGGAUUGUGUAGUGAUGGCAUAGAGUCAAUUUUGGGUAAGGCUCGAAGUGCUGCAUUUUUGGAGUACUAGAAGCAUCUUCAGGGUUUCAAGUUCGUUUGCCAUUCAAAACAAGCUGAAUCAUCUAUGUUGAAGAUCUUGGGACCUGAGCUUGAUGAGAUUUCUCAUUCCGUUGAGGAUUCAGGAUUUUUUGCAACACAGUAAUCACGUUGAUGCAUUCAGUAGAAAAAUGAUGGAAUUGUAAGUUUCUGUCCAUCAGAGAGGUAUCUGACGGGUUACUAUAUUUUGCAUCGGCUACAAGCCUACAAUGCUAGACUUGAGA